AGGAGAUUAUCACCUGCUGACCUGGCCAGAGGUCAAGAGAGGAAGUGUUGACUUUCAGUGAAGUGUAAACUGGGUCAAGAGGAUUACUGGUCCUUCUGCUUAGCUUAGUUACCUCAAAUUAGGAUAAGGGUAAGGAGAGGUCUGCUGUCUACAGCGGCCAUCUGUCUGUGGACAGUCGAGCGCUCACGCUGCUGUAAAUGGAGACAAGUCUGGAGUUGGAUGUUUUGAUAUACCCAGAUGAAGUGAGGAUUGCUACUCCGGAGGAGCUUGCAGAAUGGGAACUGGAGACUGCGAGCCAGGUGUCCAUACCCACCGUCCGACUCUUUGUGGCCCUUUACCCAUACAACCCUGCUGCAAUGUCUCCUAACUAUGAGACGGCUGCAGAGGAGCUACCUUUUGUACCAGGCCAGAUAAUCAAGGUGUGUGGAGACAAAGACUCCGAUGGUUUCUAUCACGGUGAGUCUGGUGGUCUCUCCGGUUAUGUGCCAAGUAACAUGGUGGCUGAAAUCCCAGUGGAUGAUGAGUACCUGAAGCAUCUACUCAUGCAGCAGGGAUUCCUUCCUGUGGACCACGCAGGUAUGUCUUUCACGCCAGAUCCGAGCGACAUAGGCAGUAUCCCUGAUGAUGUAGUUGUUCGACGAAUGGUGGCCUUAUUUGACUAUGAUCCAUGGGAAAGUUCACCCAACAUGGACAGUGAAGUCGAACUUGGCUUUCGUUCAGGAGACAUCAUAUAUGUAUUAGGUGACAUGGAUCAAGAUGGAUUUUACUAUGGGGAUCUGCACGGACGGCGAGGUUUGGUUCCGUCAAACUAUCUGCAGCCGCUGCCCUGGGAUUAGAAGAAAACACCACGCUAGGAUGUUUGCUACAGAUGCCAAGUCUCAGACACAGUGAGAAAUAAGCAGUUUUUAUUUUAAAAAAAAGUUAAAUUGACAUUUUAUGUGUAAAAAAAUACAUUUUUUAUUUUUUUAUUAUAGUAUGGCACUGCACCUGCUUUAGAUUGCAAGUCAAUGAAGGUUUAUGCAGAUAAGCAACUAAUUAAGCCAGUAUUACCAGUGUUUAUCAGGAUAAAAAUAGUCCUUGUUAUUGUCAGAUAAUUAAUUUAUUAAAAAUGUGUGACAAAAAUUACAAACCAUUUUGUUUAAAAAUACAAAUCAUACAUGUUUUAAAACUCAAAAACCAUGUAAAAAGAAAAAUUAACUCACUUCAUAUUUGUCUACAUUCACGUUGCUUCUACUUUAUGCACUUUCACAAAAAUUAAUUUACAAAAUGAAAUUUUAUAUAUCUGUAUUAUAAUAUGAACAAACUGUAAUUAUUUCAAAUAUACUGGAUGGCAAUGGAUAUUAUUAUUAUUAAUAUGGAUUAUUUUAGCCUUAAUAAUACACAUUUAGUCUCAGUUUUUUGCAGACCACAGUGUAUUAAUAUAGAAUGUUCAUAUUUGCCUUAUAUCCUGUUUAUAUAUUUUCUAUAUUUGGCUCAUAGUUUUUGAGUUUUGCAGCAGUUUUUAUGUAAAAAAAAAAUCACAACAGAAACUUUGUAUAAAAGAAAGGAUUGUAAUCAUGUUAUCAAUGUAAUAACUAUAAAGCAGAAACUGAAAAUGAAUAAAUAAUCUUGAAUUUGUACAAUG